UUUUCUUAUAUAACGGUCAACCACCUCCUCGGUCACUUCCCUCUUCCGCUUCCUCUCCCUCGUCUCCUCCUCCUGCCACCUCCCACCGUCCACACGCCACCGCGCACCGUGUCCCAAUGGCUGACGAGCACUUCUUCCACGGAGACUUCGCCUCCGGCCACGCCGCGCCGUUCUUCGGCUCCUCCUACGCGCCGCCGCCGGGGCUCGACGGCGCGGCGUGCGCGGCUGCCAUGGCACCGGCGGCCUUCGGGAUGCUGCCGUGGGCCGCCGAUCUGCAGCAGCCCGCGGACUCCUCUGCCACCACCGCGCACUUAGAAUCCGCCCUCAGCUCCCUCGUCUCCUCGCCGGCCCACGACAGCGGCUGCGGCGGGGACGACGUGGCCAUCGGCGACCUCAUCGGCCGGCUCGGCAGCAUCUGCAACGCUGCGGCCAGCGCCAACAACUCCUGCUACAGCACGCCGCUCAGCUCCCCUCCCCGCGGCGUAUCGCCGGCGCCGGUGGCCUUGGCCUUCCGGGCAUACCCCGGCGCGGCCCUCGAGACGGCCGGCAGGCUGUCCCGGGUCGCCAGCAGCAAGUCGCUCGGCGCCGCCCCCGCCGCGACGCUGCCGGCAUUGGACAGUACCACCGAAAUGCCGGACCCGGCGCCGACGAAGGGAGACAGCGCCACGCGGAAGCGUAAGGCCUCGGCGAAGGGCAAGGGCUCUUCUCCAGCCAUGACGGUGGCCACCAAUGGGAGCCCAAAGCGGUCGAAGGUCCCCGACGGCGACAGAGUCACCGAGGACGCCGCCCCCGCCGCCGCCGCCGCAGAAGCAGAGGAGAAGAAGGUGCCGGCACCGGCGCCGGAGCCGACCAAGGACUACAUCCAUGUGAGGGCGAGGCGGGGGCAGGCCACCGAUAGCCACAGCCUCGCCGAGAGGGUGCGGAGGGAGAGGAUAAGCGAGAGGAUGAAGAUGCUGCAGUCCCUCGUGCCAGGCUGCAACAAGAUCACCGGGAAGGCUCUGAUGCUGGACGAGAUCAUCAACUACGUCCAGUCGCUGCAGCGCCAGGUCGAGUUCCUGUCGAUGAAGCUGGCGACGAUUAGCCCUCAGCUGGACCUGGACGCGCGUUACCUGCCGCCGUCCAGCAAAGAUAUGAUGCAAGAAGAGCCGGCGACGCUGGCCUACCCUCCCGACGCCGCGUUCUCCCACGCCGACCCGUUCGCAACCGUCCACGCGGCGUUGGAAUCGUGCACCAGCUCCUUCCACCCCGGCUGUGGCUUCACCUGGGAGGCGCAGGACCUGCAGAGCAUCGUAAUGCAGCCGCACAGCAUGUCGCCGGCCGCCGCCGGCCACGGCCAGCAGAAGGCUGCCCCGGCGCUGCCGCCGCAGUCGACGUCUGCACCUCACCCUCACCACGGACAAGAAGCAGCGGCGACAGUAAACCACAUGAAGGUGGAGCCAUAAGUGUACUGCACCCCGCCCCGCCGUCGUCUGUACAUACGCAAGCCGCUGUACCAUGCUAUGACCUUUCUCUCCCCUCUGCGCCACAGCAGCAACAUGGCAUCGGCUCGGGAACGAACCAGCGAUCAUUGCCAUGAGAGGACAAGCUGAUCGAUGGCCAUUAUCUCUCUUCUCUCUCCACUCUCUCUCAUUGCGAGUGGGGCCCACCGUGGAGCGGCUGGGUGGGUCCUCCAUGGGAAGAGGAGACAGGAGAGGAAGGGUUUUCAGCCUAUAUUCAGAUGCAUGGCAGGGCUUCUUGCAAUGGAGGUCUUCCAUGUAUGGGAGGGAGCGAUGAAUGAUCUGGGUGUAGCGUCUUUGUAUGUCGGAAAUGGCGAAGAGGGGCAGGGCUGGGUAUUGUCUGUGCUGGAGCUGAACUGGACUGCUGGCUGCACGCCCUAACUGUUGUAACUGUAGAAAGAGAUCUAUCAGUAGAAGCAGCAGUGGUAGUAGUAGCUGCCUGAAAGUGAGAGCUAGCCUCCCUUAGAAUGGCAUGCAUGGAACAGGAAUUGAAUGUAGAGUUCAUGGGUGGAUGAGUAUUUCACCAACAGUUCAUGCAUGACGGUACCGAACAUAUACGUGAACUGAAAACAAACAAA